UAUAAAAUAUAAUUCAUGUAUCUCUAUGUGAUCUGAUUUCAUGUUUAUGUUUGCUAUGUAUAUUUACUUCACAGUUGUUUACCUCAUAUAUUCAUGUUACGAGCAUGGUAUGUUCACCAUACUUCUAAAUACUCAAAGCAUCUAUGAGGUGAAAAGAUUGUUGUAAAGGUGAACACAAGUACUGAGCGUUAUAUUACCACGUCCAGGCUGUAUGUAUUGGAAACACAUCACUGAAAAUCUAUUGUUUGUACGGAUUACAAGAAGGAAAAAUUGAUGUGAGGGUACAAGCUUUAAUUUAAUGAGCUAUUCAUUGGAUGCAAAGUACUGAGAUGCACCUUUAACUUACGUGUGAAAGAUAUUCCUUCCCCAGACUACUAAACUGGACAUUUCUAUGCUAGUUAUGAAAUUUAGAGAAAAGAGGUAUCAAGUUUUGCUAAUGAUUUAGCUAAUCCCCUCCCAGCCAAACCCGAUCUAAAAUUUAAAAAUGGUGGAGCUAACAUGAAGUUUGUGCCAUCAUAUUGAUGGCUCUGCUUUUAUGGUAUAUCCCUUUUUCUAAUAUUUCUCUGUCUUGACUAUUUAUAUUACAAGCUCUUGGGGAGAGUUUAGGCUUCAGUGUUUGUACAAUGCCUAUCCAAUAGGUGCUGCUCUUGUUUGGUCCCAGUUCAAGCCAUCAGCAACAUAAUAACGAUUAUUAGGAUACAUUCAACUGUAUUACAAAUGAGUUUACAUAGUUUUAAAAAGGGAUUUCUCACAAUAUAGAGCAUAUACCCAUAGGCGCUCUUGCUCCUCGCAUUCUGAUCUGAAUCCCGGAAAAACCCGUCCCCACCCGGCGCUGUCUGUCCUGUAACCUGCACAGGUAAAGAGUAGCGGGAAGGGGCGGGGCUGGGACUCUUCCAUUCCCCGCUCGGAGCAUCGAGCCCCCCGUCACCUUCCCAGCCCAGACCCCGCCCCCGCCCCGCCAUUGGCCGCGGCUCUGGGUAAAUACGGCCGCGCUCUGACAGCUGCCAGCAGUGAGCCUGUUGUCCCCCCCUCCACCCCCCCCCGAGACCCUGCUUCAAUCAGCGGCGUCCCGCGCCCAGCCCCGCGCGCCCAGCCUGCCAGGGGAGCUGUCCCUGCUGCCCCAGCCGAGCGAGGGGGAGAGGGGGCUGCUCGGAGCAGACGGUCCUUUUCCUCCCAGCUGUUGCCCGGGGAGGGGUCGGAGGCGGGUCCGGUUCAGCCCGGCUCCUCCCGGUGGCUCCGGCUGCCCCGAGAUGAGCAGCCCCGAUGCGGGCUACGCCAGCAGCGACGACCAGACGCAGGCAAGGUGCUCGCUCCCCAUCAUGAUGCCGGCCCUGGGCCCCUGCCAGUGGGCAGAGUCCCUGAGCCCCCUGGCAGACGCCAAGGUGAAGAGUGAGGCGGCCCCGGCGGGGGCUGCGAGCAGCCGGGCCAAAAGCGAGUCCCGCAUCCGCCGGCCCAUGAACGCCUUCAUGGUGUGGGCCAAGGACGAGCGCAAGCGGCUGGCGCAGCAGAACCCGGACCUGCACAACGCGGAGCUCAGCAAGAUGCUGGGUGAGUGUCCGCUCGUGAGCCGGGCCGGGGGGGCUUUCUCCUCCCACCUGCCUCGGCCCGGCCCGGAGCUGGGAAGUGGGGGAGGCUCCCGCACUCUGCGAGCGGCGUGCAGGGAAAGUUACCGAGUGAUGCUGGUACCUGCCCCGCGAGCGAGGCGGCUGCGGGGCCCGGACUGGACCCGGGGCUGGUGCGCUGGGGCGGAGGGUAUGGCAGGAGUUGCCAAUGGCUCUCGCCCAGGGACUGGGUUAGCGAGGGGAGCUCGAGGCGGCGGGUGGGGGAAUGGAGGCUGCCGGAUGGGGGGCGCCCGGGGUGGCGCCGCGCUCCGCAGGCACCUGCCCCGCGCCGAGCCGCUGGGGCAGCUCAGCUCCCUGCAGAGCCUGCUGGGCUGCCAGGGCCCCCUGCACGCCUACUACGGGCAGCUGUGCCCGCCCGCCGGCCCGGCCCGAGCUCUCCAGCUCCCGCCGCAGCCCUGCCAGCCCUCGCCGCCGCCCGAGGCGCAGCAGUGCAGGGAGCCGCUGGAGCACCUGUCGCAGGACGAACUGCUGGGCGACGUGGAUCGCACCGAAUUCGAGCAGUACCUGCACUUCGCCUGCAAGCCCGAGCUAGGGCUCCACUUCCCGGGCCACGAAGCCGGCCUGCCCGCGCCAGACGCCCACGGGCCCAUCUCCUCCGUGGUUUCGGAUGCAAGUACUGCUGUGUAUUACUGCACUUACCCAGACGCCUGAGAGACACGGUCACUCCCAGCGCUCUCGCUGUGUGAAGUAGCUGGGAGUGUGUGGCGGACUCCCUGGUGAUGGGAGCCUUGUACAGAAGGGUGUGUGCUUUGCUCCUAUUUAUGUAAUUUAUUGGAAUCUUGAGAACUGACAGGUGACAGAGACCCACUCAAGGGUUGAAAGACAGCUCUCCAUCUGAUCCCCAAGUGGUGCAAUUCUAGUGUUUCACCCUGAACUGAAAAUUAAAACUAUUUAAACUUCAGAUAGCUGCACAGUUGGACUGUAACUUAUCAGCUCCUGGAAGAGUUCACGAUGCUGUUUAAAAUGUUGUGACUGUUCAAAUUUAUACAUAUGGAAUUUGGGUUUUGUACAGACUAAUUUUGCACUUUUACAAAUAAAGGGAAAAAUAAUAAAAUUUUUCAUUUUUAUGUCCCCUUACAUCUACAAUU